UAAAGUUUGUUUGUAAAGGUUUUUUUUAUUUUACGAUCAGCUUAAUUCACUUGAAAAAAAGUUUGGUUUACGGUUGUUGUUGUUCACUGUUCACUCUCUGCUUCACCUUGACAGGCCGACGUUUUUUUUCUUGCAAAAAAGCAACGUCAAUAUUUUCCCAAACUUGAUCAGCGGAUAAGCAAGAAAACGGAUUUUCUGUGAAAUUUUGGAUGAAUUUCACAAUACAUAACUCUGCAAUUUGAAUUAGAUUUUCAAAUGCGAGGAAACGAGUUUAAAUUUUCCAUCUGAAAUAGGACGUCACAGAGACAACAGAUGAACUUUUAGCAUUUAGCAUGUACUUUCCCAUUGCGAGUCCUUAUUUCCAAAAAUAUAUCGAACUGAUUGACUUAAAAAUUUUAUGUUUUUAUGACAAAAAAUACUUUGUUUUUUGCUAUGUUAUGAUAAUAGUGGUUCACAGCGUAUUUUGGGAAAAGCUAACAUGCCACAGAAAUCGUCCGCUAGGUAAUAUGCAAGGUUUCCUGGUGGUCUUUCGUUUGCACUUAGCCUUUUUUUUUUUUUUAUGGCAUACCAAGUCGAAUUAAAAAUCCUUCAUGUUACCAAAAGUGAAAAAAUGUCAAACUCACAGGACCAGUUUUUAUUCUCCAUGGCAAACUGAGGAAAACCCCGCCAUAAUCCAACCUGUAAACCCUGUCCUCCGCAGGUUUUGGGAGUACCAAGAUGGCGCUGCAUGCGCUAUCCUGUUUUUGGAGUACCAAGAUGGCGCUGUAUGCGUCAUCUAGUCUUUUUUUUUUUUUUCUUCCUAAAAUCAGUGGACGCAACUCACGGGAAGUUCAGAAUCUCGCGAGAACGCGCGAGACGCGAGUCUCCCAAAUUUGGCCGGGCCAAAAGAGCGACAUCCGCUGGCGGUGAGCGACAGAGACACUCCUCGGUGGAUGCUUGCUACCUGCUUUUCUGUCUUCUCGGGAGCGACGUUCAAAACCACAAAGUACCCAACAAGUCGGCUGCCCGAAGAAGGAUCCUGGAGUUUUUUUUUUUUUUUUUUUUGGGGGGGGGGAGGCUGACACUGAAGCCGUGGCACAAGUCUCGGUGCGACCCAGAGAAAUGACGCACACCUGGUAGGAUGUUGACUUGACGCUGCACCCCCCCCGACCGCCGUUUCGGACUCGUCCCGACGUUGCUAUUUUGUCAACAUUCUCGACGUACUUUUGUGUCGGUGGCGAUGUCGCGCCGGGAGGUCGUGUAGUGUUUAUGUUUUUUUUUGGACUGCGUCACGUCCUUGAUAGCGAGGCGGGGGGUCCUCCGCUCAGUUGAAGCGGCGAGGCAGAGCGCGCCGCGACGGCGUCACGUCAGCCUUCUCCUCCGGGGCGCGGCGCUUCCUGCCUCAGGUAGAAAGAAGAAGCGCUCUCAGUCUUCCCAGCGUUGCCGCUGCCAAGGCGCCAGGCGGCCCCCCCCCUCCCUCUGCCAAGGCGACGCCGUUCUGCCGGAGGCUCGGAAAUGGAGAAGAGUUGCUCAGAUUGCUCCGAGACGACGCUGGCCCAGAGCUUGUGCACGCUCUGCAACAAGCGGCUGUGCUACCAGUGCACGGACAUGCAUCAGCAUCAGAGGGCCGCCGCGCCGACCCAGUACGCAGACCUGCACGAGCCGCUCCAGAGAGGCGCCGGCUCGCUUCCUGCGACCGGACCAGGGACGGGGUCGUAUCCUUGCCCCCCCCUCCUCGUGUGCCACUCUCAUAGACAGCAGCCCCUGGAGCUGCUUUGCGAGUCGUGCGACCUCCUCUGCUGCAGCAGCUGUCACCUGUCGUCCCACAAAACUCACAGGGUGCUGCAGAUCGGGAAGGCUCUGGAGGACCAGCGCUGGCUCUUUGAAAGCCUGACGGUGCAAGUGGAAGAGAAGAGGUCCGCGGUGGAGAGCAACGCCAAGCAGAUAGAGGACAGGGUUCACGGAGUCAAGAUUGCGCACAGGAAGGCCGAGAACCAGAUUAAGAUGGCGAAGAUGAUUAUGAUCAACGAGCUUAACAAACGAGCCAACCUAUUAAUAGAGCAACUGGAGAAAAUCUCCGAGGACUUCCAGCAGCGUCUGGAGGACCAGCUGCAGGGCGCCAUCGAGACCUGCGCCCAGCUGGACCAGGUGCAGAAGUUCAUCCACUGGGCCACGACGCACCACUGCCGCGGCCCCGUGCUCUUCAGCCGGGGAAUGAUUUCUCUGCAAAUCCAACAAUUGCUGGACUCCUCGCUGCAGUCUGAAAGUUGGAGUCCCGUGAAGAUCAAGUUCAACUGGGAUGCGAGUUACUGGACCAAGCAGAUGUCCUCGUUAGGCCAGCUGACCGUGGAAGGCGGAAACUGCCCCUUCCCGCAAGGCUUGGCCUGCGCCAGCGUCCUCAGGCCGCAGCCGAUCUCGUGUUUGGCUCUGCCGCCCGUUUGCCACAGAGGACGCGAGUCGGCCUGCGGGUACCAGAUGUGCUGUGGGCCCCGCCUGUGUUGCCUGCACGGCCUCCCGUCGCAGUCAGACCUGGACAAGAGCCAACUGGGGGCCCCGCUCUACAACUCGACCUAUGUUCCACCCGGCCCUGGAUCCCGGUUGCCGAGCCAGCAGCUGCUGAGGUGCUGGGACCCGAGUGACUCUUCUACCUUGCAAACAUCUUCCCAAUGCCCUUCGCCCUCAUCCCAUAUUCCCAUCGCGGGACCUAUCCACAUCAAUUGCAACCGUGGACCUCCGUCCCAGCCGCAAUCCGCCGUCUCCGAGUCGCAGUCCCUGCCCGAAUCACAUCUCCUCCACCACCACCACCAGAGAGGCUCCCUUCCCGUCGGCAAUAGUCAGCAGAGCGCGGACCAACAUCGCUCACGCCAGAGCUGGGAGAAGUCGCCUGGCGGCGCAACUUUGCAGGAGGUGCUCGACGAGACGGUUGCGGAGCAAGACUGCGCGGCCGACGAUAGCCGGGGGGAACCAUUCGGAGCGGAGGCGGGCCGCGGACAAACGGCUGUGGGCGAACACGAGGAGCCGCAGCCUGAGACAAGUCAACAACGGUUUCAGGUUUCUCCGACAGCGGAGCCGAGGAAAGAGCGGCAGAGAACCGGUCCUGCACCGACGCUACGAGCGCAAUCCAACGGCCGGAGAUCCGCAUCCCCGGAGGUGCCCGCGACAGCCGGCAACUGCGGCGCUGACUUGCAGCAAUGCAGACUCAACGCGAGUUCAACGUGCGACAGCGCCAAGAGGCGUCCUCAGAGUAUCCCCGUAGAGAGAGCGGCCCCGCCCGCCAGCUCUUAUUCUGAAAGACCGGCAGGGUCUACUCACGGCCGCGAUGUGGGAACUGCAAAAACCCCAACAGGAAAGUAUGCCGGCGCAGACCCCAGGCAGAGGAGAGCUUCAGAUGGAGUUCUCUGCAUUGUCAAGGAAACCUCGGCCGACAUAAUCCUCACCCGAAGCCGGCGAUCGCCGCUACUCUCCUAUAAAACCGAGCCAGAUCCUUCAUACUUAAAUGACGAGAUUCGUCUUGCUGCCAAGGAAAAGCACAGAGUGUCGGCAAACGCUCACAACGGCAGAGAUUCUGAGAGCGAGUCCGGAAGGGCCAGAGUUCCAGUAGUUUGCCUGGAACGCCUGAAAGUUCUCAUCUCUCGACUUCCCUCGCAUGGGCGAAGGCAGAGCGACCCGCUACCUGCGAGCACGGCGGAGAGGGAUCGAACUUCGCAGCAGCAGCAGCAGCAGGAACCCUGGCAGGAUCUUACACACAAUGUGGUGUCUGGAGCCUCUGAGAACAAGAAGAGUCACUCAGUCACACCGUCACGGUGUACAGGCAAACAUCAGUGGCUCACUGUUGACAGCGAGUGGGAUACUUGUCCAAGGGCCAGCUUCCCGAAAGCAUCCAAACUGCCACCUGACGACUCUCAGGACAGUAACUCUCCCCUCGACUUUGACUCCGACUCUGACCCCAAGUCUGUCCCAGAAGAGGCUGCGGUUUCCCAAGAUGACCAGCGCCUCGAUUCGGAUACAUCGCCGGAGUUUUCAUCCGAGGCAGAACUGGAAGGUCUCUAUAAGGAGAAUGAAGUUCUUCAAAGCUGCAACAGAAACGGGUCGACGGGGGAUUCCGAUCAAAGCCUUGAACGUGACCCGGAAUCAGCUUCCGGAGCAGGAUCCGAGGAUGGGCAAGGAUUGGAAGUCGAUGUGGACUCAGGUGCUGCAGAAACAGAGUCAGAUACCCAACCGGAACUUGACAGCAUAUUCCAGGCAGAAACAGAUUCGGACCAAGUGUCCGAUCAGAAGCUGGGCUCCCAGGGGUCUGCGGAGUCUGAAGUGGAUGUCGAAUCCGAGCUCGAAACAACAGACGACCCUCAGCCUCUGCGCUCCGACCUCGAGGAAGAAGACCCCUUCGGACCCGGUCAACGGCCGCUUUUAAUUGCGAACCCUGGCCCGCCGAGGAGAGCGGAAGCCGAGGAGGACGACGCCCAAGUGGAGAGUGAGGACUUCUGCGGAGUGUGUCUGAUCGGCGGGGAUCUUUUGUGCUGCGACGGCUGCCCGAAGGUUUACCAUUUGUCCUGUCACAUCCCUCCUCUGCUGAGCUUCCCUUCAGGGGACUGGCUGUGCAGCCUGUGCAGAGAUGUUGCGCAGCCAGAAGUUGAAUACGACUGUGAAAAUCGAAGAACAUCCGGGGAGCACGUUUCGGUACACGGCCUGUCUGCAUGCGAUCAGAGAAAAUGUGAGCGAUUGACCCUCCUGAUCCUGAAUAACAUCCUGAGUGCUCCCUUUCACGAGCCCGUCAGUCCACUUGCUCGUCACUACUAUCAGAUCAUCAAGAGGCCCAUCGACCUGUCGGUGAUCCGCGCAAGACUUAACAAGAGGAGCACGCAACAUUACAACUCGCCCGACCAGUUCGUGGCUGACGUCGAUCUCAUGUUUCACAACUGUGCCAAGUUCAACUACCCCGAUUCAGAGGUGGCCCAAGCGGGCCGAAGCCUCCGGGCCUUUUUCGCCAGCAAACUGGAGGAAGUGUUUCCGGGCAGAGUUUUCCCGGUGACCGAGGCAGACAGCGACAGCGACGAGUAUGACGAGGCCUUCCGGGCCAACGAGGGCGGCUUUCCCUGGCCGGAGAGGAGGGAGCAGUGCCACAGAAAGAGGAAGAGGAGGCAAUCGCUCAAGUCAAGGAGGCAUCACAUGUGACCGGGACUCCACUGUUUUUGGUCUAUUUUUAUUGAAACACCCGGUGGAAUGUCUGUGUUUUCUUUAAGAGAAGGACAGGAGUGAACAGGACAGUCAAGUAUUGGUUCGUGCUUCUUUGGGUUGAGAUCAGGGUUCAAAUGUGCUCUUUUUGUGAAGUUUUUCUUCUCCUCGUCAUUGUGUCUUCCUCCCGGAGUCCAAACGUUUGCAUGUCUGGUUGAUUGCCUCGAAGCUGUCAGAACGAGUCAGUCCUUUGAGUGACAGGUGAUCAGUCCUUGGUGUACCCCGCCACUCUCCCGAGGUCAACCGGGUGGCGUCGAAAAGUGAUUGACGUGAACUAGCGCACUCUGACAGCACGAAAGCUUAAACCUCGGCCACUAGCGAAAUCCCUGAGUGGCCUUCGGCGUGGUAUUGCUGGUUUGCUCUCUUGGAGCGAGAAGGAGUUCUGGAUCUGUGCCGAACUUUGCUUCUUUAAGUCUAUGAAGCUCUUUAUAUCAGCACAAAAAAAAAAAAUCCAAACCUGAUCUGGUUAUUAUCCAGGCGCCAACUCAAUCUCAUCAUUAAACUGACGUGCGGGACAAGAACGGCCAACAAAUAAGAAUCCAGUUGCAGAGGAUCGAUCCAUGAUGACGAACCAUGGAUGCACCUAACAAUCACUACUUGUACCUCGUUAUGAUAUACCUUGCGGUUUGCUGUAAUGUACAAGAAGAACGCUGCUGUUGUAUGUUUGGGGAAAAAAUGAGUCUUUCCAGAGCAAACGGAUUAAAAUCCCUGUAAAGUGAAAAUACUGGUCAUGUCUCGGAAAUAUGACACACCAAAUUUGAAUGAUUAACAACAACAAAUUCACCAAGGAGAUAAAAUGGGGCUUCAGAAUCCACGCCGUCUUCAACUGUCAACAGUUGAUAAAAUACAUUUUUCUUUGACACCUACACAUCCCUACACGUUUGAGCCGUGAAAAUAUACACGCUUCAAGGCUUUGGUGGCUGGAAUGCAUCCCAGCGGCUCAUCAGGGGGGUUUCCACGGCACGACGACGGGUGCUAGCCACCAGCGAGCUGACGAGCUGACCCAGGACCCUCUCGGGCGAUGGGCGAGACAGGCGGCAGGCCACGUAACAGACACUUCAGGGAUAGUUCGCCGUUGCUUAAACAAGCAGCACAGUCACAACUGCGCCGGAUAACCCUAACCCGGACUAAGGAGCUCACGCCGGAGCACGUUGGCAUUGUUGUUUUAUCUAUACUCAAAAGAGCAGGAAACACGAGCACGACGUCUCCCCAAUUCUCAGUCUUUGCAUGUUUUCAGCAACUCUUUGAAUUCACUUUACAGGGUCUUUAACGUUUUGUUCCUACCUGCACUUUGAUGUAUCGUAUUGACUGCCUGAAGAAAUGUCCAGUGUACAUGUCAAAAAGUAUACACAACGUUGUCUUAUUCAGAUUUCAUUGCCAUUGCUAAAGGAUUAUGUGCAAUUGUUGGAAAUGUUUCUAUAUAGCCGACAGCCAAGAUUUUGGUCUCAUUCAAAUUUAUCAUUUAUGUUCCCUACUUGAGUACGACGACGCGCUCAGCCAUACAGUAUCUACCAAUGCAGUAGUUUGUUUACUAAAGUGUGGAUAUACGGAUUAAACGAUAAGUGCCACUGACCCAUCGUGUUUCACUGGUGCGGGUUUGUGGGGAUGUUACACAUGUUGCCACGUGGAAACGUGACGCUUCUGCCACUUCGCAAAUGUAUUUGCUUCUGCGAGGGAUGCAGUAAAUGUUGCACCCAUAGUACAGGACAUGUAUGACGGCAGCAGAACGAUGGUGAGGUGUGCCGUCGGUGUGACAGAAGAAUUUAAGGUGGAGGUGGGACUGCAUCAGGGAUCAGCUCUGAGCCCCUUCCUGUCCACUGUGGUAAUGAAUAGGCUGGUAGAUGAGGUUAGACUGGAAUCCCAUUGGACCAUGAUUUUCGCAGAUGAUAUUGUGAUAUGCAGUGAAAGCAGGGAGCAGGUGGAAGAACGGAUUAGAGACUGUGGCGCUGAAGAAACAACAGGAAGCAGAACUGGAGGUAGCAGAAAUGAAGAUGUUGAGGAGUGAGCUCGGUUGCGUAGGAUAGGAAAUGAGCUCAUUAGAGGGAGGGACAGCCAAAGUUGGAUAUUUUGGAGACAAGAUUUGAGAGAGCAGACUUCGCAACAGUGACAGGAAGACCAAAGAAAAGGUUGAUGGAUGUUGUGAGGGACAACCGUGGGUGUUCGAGAGGAAGAUGCACGAGAUUGGCUUGGAUGGAAAAAGACACGCUGUGGUGACCCCUAAUGGGACAAGCCGAAAGGAAAAGAAGAAGAAGAAGAAGAUGUUUGUGAAUGAAAGAGGUAGAGGGGGAGAGGGAGGCUUCAGGGAGAAGCGAUAGCAAGGGUGGAUGACUUCGAAUACUUGGGGUCAACAAUCCAGAGCAAUGGUGAGUGUGGUAAGGAAGUGAAGAAACGGGUCCGAGCGGGUUGGAACAGCUGGCGAAAGGUGUCUGGUGUGUUAUGUGACAGAAGAGUCUCUGCUAGGAUGAAGGGCAAAGUUUACAAAACAGUGGUGAGGCCGGCCAUGAUGGACGGAUUAGAGACGGUGGCACUGAAGAAACAACAGGAAGCAGAACUGGAUGUGGCAGAAAUGAAGAUGUUGAGGUUCUCGCUCGAAGUGAGCAGGUUGGACAGGAUUAGAAAAGAGCUCAUUAGAGGGGCAGUCAAAGUUGGAUGUUUUGGAGACGAGGUUAGAGAGAGCAGACUUCGAUGGUUUGGACAUGUUCAGAGGCGAGAGAGGCUGAGGAAAUUGGUAGGAGAAUGGUAAGGAUGGAGCUACCAGGGAAGAGGAGACCAAAGAAAAGGUUGAUGGAUGUUGUGAGGGAGGACAUGAGGACAGCCAGGAUGCAGGAGAUGGAAAAAGAUGACACGCUGCAUCAUUUUUAGCAUCCUAGUACAAAAGUUUGGAUGUUGAUUCCAUUUUGAAAAAACGAGCCGUAACCGCACAUGACAAUUUAUGUGGCCCAAUUGUGAUUUUUGCAACUGUGGAAUUUUUGUUGGCCACCAUGAGGCAGCUUUGUAAAAUUUGCCGUCUUUACCUAAUAGAUUCCAGACAUUUAUGUUUUUUUGUUUUUGUUUUUUUUUUUCACGGGACAUAAGUGUAACAAACACUUCUUCUGCGCUCAACAGCAAGCUUGCAAAAUGAAAUUUUCGGACACAGUUGGUGACCUUUUGGGUCAGCUACAGAAUGAUUGGAGACGCCAGCAACUUUCGGUAAACAAUGGAAGGAACUACGAGAGGAAAACGAUUCCCGACGAGCGCAGCAUUCCGUGAAAUCAGCGUUUGGACUUUGUCGCUGGAGAAUCGCCCGUGACCAUUUAUCCGAUUUGACGGGCUGACCUUUUUGUGCUAUUUAAUAAGAUUUGUCUUUCCAUUUUCGGAAGCGAUGGCAGUUGGCAAGCUGUGAUUGACGUGCGGCCUUUCAGGUCCUACUGAUUUGUUUACAUUUUAGUUGACACUGGAUUCAAAAGUCAAGUCAUUUGUACAUGUACUGCAAAAAUGAUCAAGUAUAUAUUGAAAGUUUCUCAUCAAUGACUGUCACUAUUGAACAUAGUUUACCAUUUUGUCCAUUUUAUUACAUCGUUGUCACAGGAAGUGCCGCUCCGCUUCAUCUGUACUGCAUCCACCUCAGCCGACAAUGACAGCAGUACUAACACAGCUGGCAGCUGGUUC